AUGGCCAAGAACUUGGGAGUCCCAGUGCCCGCUCGGUCGGAACGAUCGCAGAAUCUCGUAUAUCGAUCGUCGUUGAUUGGCAUAAGCCUUCUCUUGGCCGUCUUUUGGCUCUCGUCCCAUUAUUACAUCACCGCACCAGGAUGGGUUCCCAAAAUAACCUCGCACGGGGAGACCGAGCCGCGAUGCCCUCAGGUCCAGCCACUGGUACCGGCCAAGACGUCUAAAGAGCUGGAUGAUAUGCAAGCGUACCUUGAAUCUGAUGAUUUCAAGAAGGUUGCUAUUGAGCGCCUGUCCGGUGCAGUCAAGGUGCCCACUCAGAGCUAUGAUGAUCUCGGCGAGAUUGGCGAGGAUGCGCGCUGGGAUAUUUUUUACGACUUUGCUGUGUAUCUGGAAAAGACUUACCCGCUUGUGCAUGCGAAUCUACAGCUCGAGAAAGUCAACACGCAUGGCUUGUUGUACACGUGGGCGGGCAAGGAUGCGAGCCUGAAGCCAAAUCUGCUGAUGGCCCAUCAGGACGUCGUGCCUGUUCCAGAAAGCACAGUCAAGAGCUGGACGUAUCCUCCAUUUGACGGACACUUUGACGGGACGUUCGUGUGGGGGCGUGGAGCAAGUGACUGCAAGAACCAACUGAUUGGCAUCUUAUCAGCCGUUGAGGCGCUCCUCUCUGCGAACUUCGAGCCGCAGCGAACGCUCAUCUUGUCUUUCGGAUUUGACGAAGAGAUUUCCGGUGGACAAGGAGCUCAUCAUCUUGCAGACUAUUUGAUCAAGAAGCUCGGCCACAACUCGAUUGCUGCCAUUGUUGAUGAGGGCGCUGUGAAUAUUGAGAGCUGGGGUGCCAACUUCGCUGUUCCUGGUGUUGGCGAAAAAGGCUACAUUGAUGUAGACAUUAUAGUCAGGAUGCCGGGUGGUCAUUCUAGCAUCCCACCUAAGCACAACGGCAUCGGCGUGGCGAGCGAGCUCAUCACACAGAUCGAAGCUAACCCAUACGAACCCCAUCUCUACGAUGAGAACCCAUAUCUCGGCCUUCUCAACUGCGGAGCUGAGCAUGCUCCAGAGUUCCCCAAGAAGCUCGACAAGCUGCUCAGCAAACGGUCAAGCAAAAGCAAGACUUGUUCAAAGAAGAGUAAGAAAGAUGCUCUCGCAAUCGAAGCAGCGAAGGCCGGGCCUGGAAUCAAAUAUCUCUUCACUAGCUCUGUCGCAGUCGACAUCAUCCACGGUGGUGUCAAGAACAAUGCAUUGCCCGAGCGCACUCAAAUUACAGUCAAUCAUCGGGUCAACGUCGGAUCCACCACCGACGCCAUCAAGGCACACAUCGCCUCCAUAGCCGCCGAUGUUGCGCACAAUGGAGCCCGCUCCGGUCACACCAACGACACUUCACACUUCGUCCAACUCGACGCGCUUGACGCCUUACAGUGUAUUGUCUGGUACUACUCGCGCACUGUACGGUAA